AUGAAAUCUCUUGCUCGUCUCACAUGCUGGUGGCCUGAAUUGAAUCAUGAUCUGAAUCGUGUUGCUAAAUCCUGUGCUGAAUGUGUGCACAAAACUCACAGACAGCCUUCGAAAUGGACUACGUGGUCAGUAUCAUCCGAGUCAUGGCAAAUAAUACAUGUGGAUUACUGUGGUCCAUUCUUUAACAAGUAUUACGCAUUGGUGAUCGUCGAUUCCUAUUCCCGUUGGCCAGAAGUGUACUUUACCACAACUCCCAGUUCAGAAUUUACUAUUCGAGCACUCAGGAAAACGUUCAGUAGAGAAGAUGUCCCGCAUGCUAUCGUGACUGACAAUGGAAGCCAUUUCACUGUCAAGAAAGUUACUGAUUGGUUGAACUCCGUGAGUUGUCGGCAUGUUCUCACUCAACCCCGACAUCCGCAAUCCAAUGGCGCAGCCGAAAACUUUGUACGCACGCUGAAGAGUGCCAUUGCUUCUUUGAAUCCCAGUACAUUCGACGAACUGGACAGAGGCGUUGAUGACUUUCUGAUGCAAUACCGUAAAGCAGUACAUUCAACUACGGGACAGUCCAGCGAAGCUGUUCAAAAGUAG